AUGAAGCUGCCCAAUAGCCUCUAUAUUAUUGUUCCGAAGUCCUACGAUUCUUUCGGCGGCACUGACGGGGUCUUGAUCAAAAAUGACGACGAUGAAGCUCAAUUCAGCGCGAUAGGUAGCAAGGAAACAAAAUGGUUUAUCCUCAAUGUCAGACAUAUAUCGGGAUCGAGCGACCAGUACCACAUUUACGAUGGCCCCCACGAGAAAGUUCUGUACUCGGAUUACUCCGAUCAACUGCCGACGUUUGAGUCUCUUGAUGAUGUUGACACGUCUGACGCGAAAAGCAAAUGGAUAAUCAAAAAGAAAGAUGAGACUGAGUUCGGCCAACCAAUUUGUAAAGUGAAAAAUGCGGGAACUGGCAACACACUGGGCGGCGACUUAUUGGAGUUCAGGCUAGCUGGCCGGUAUAUGUCCCUCUUAGAGGCUAAGCGGAGUCUCAUUGUGGAGGAUUACGCGAGCCGCAUGAGGCAGCUGCUAGACUCCAUUGCCAAAUCCAAUGCUACAGGGAUUCCUCUUUCGGAGUAUGUUUCUCGUCUUGCCCAAGUUGGGCUGGAGAAUCUGAAAGAUCCGAGGUUUACGGGGUUGAGCAGGUGA